CUCUCCCGUUUAUAGGACGCGUCGUGGUAGCGGCAGGGCGACUGCCUCAAUAUAAUUACAUUACAUAGCACGCACACCCUUCUCCAUAAUAACCCGUUCCUUCUUACAUUCUCCUUUCUUACAUCUUCCACCAUUUCAGCGAUUAACCUUCUCCGCAGGCCACCAGGCGCCAUGUCAGCUUCAAUACCAACUAGUAGUUCAUCUACCUUCCUCCCACUUCCCCCGGCUAAGGAUAUACCUGUCACCUUUACGGCGAGCUUGAAGAGCUGGUGGGCUGCUGGUGACAAGCAGGGUACUGCAUCCGAGGAGCGGCUACUCAGGCGGCUUCCAUUCUUCCAGCCAGAGAAAAUGGCUUCCUCAACGAACGACAGUCCCGUUAUCGCGCACAGGGAGCGUGUGCAGCUCGCGGCACCAAAGCACUUCCUAAAUACCUUAUCAAUCAAGUCCACCAAUCCGUCACCGACUGCGCCACCCCCCGCCGUCGUCCUUCAUGGCUACGGUGCAGGUCUCGGUUUCUUCUUUCGUAAUUUCCCUGCACUCGCACAAUGGGCAGGGCACCGCGGCACCGACGUAUUUGCUGUGGACUGGCUGGGCAUGGGCCGCUCCGCCCGCGUACCUUUCACCAUCAAAGCAAAGCGUGAUGACAUCUCUGGGCGUGUGAACGAAGCCGAGUCCUUCUUCGUUGACUCGCUAGAGGAGUGGCGAGCUAAGAUGGGCCUCGAGAAGAUGACGCUGAUCGCACACUCGCUUGGCGCUUAUUUCAGUGUUGCCUACGCACUGCGGUACCCCACUCGCGUGCACAAGCUCAUUCUCCUCUCCCCUGCUGGCGUUCCUCAUGAUCCGAAUAACCUCACCAUGCCUUCGCGCGAACUAACUGAUGAAGGUGACUCAGGAAGCAUGACAUCGGCGACUCAUUCUGCGGUCGCUGCAUCCACUGGGGGUGUUAAACGUAUACGAGAAGAGCAGAAGGCCAUCAAGGAGAAGGAGAGCCGGUCAAGAAGGCUCCUCACAUACCUAUGGGAGGAGGGUUGGAGUCCCUUCCAGGUUGUACGAUCGACCCUUUUCUGGAGUCCCAUGCUCGUAGGAAAGUAUUCAAGCCGCCGUUUCUCCGGUUUGACAGAAGAUGAAACACGCGAUAUGCAUGAUUACAUCUUGAAUAUCACACUUGCUAAGGGUUCGGGAGAGUAUUGCAUAUCUCAUAUCCUUGCCCCCUAUGCUCACGCUCGUAUGCCGCUUGUUGACAGAAUAGCCGCGCUCAAAUUACCAAUAACUUUCAUUUACGGCGAACAUGAUUGGAUGGACCCACAAGGCGGGCUGCAGUCUCUCGAAAAUUUGCGCAAAGCCGGUAAUCAUCGAAGCAGGAUGUACAAUAUACCAUAUGCUGGUCACCACGUAUACCUGGAUAAUCCCACGGCUGUGAACGAGCUCCUCGUCGCCGAGCUUGACGAUGCCGGGGAGCAGUUGUAUCUCUUCGCCGCCUCACGGUCAUGAUAAAUUAAUUACUCGCCACGGUUUGCUUAAUGUCCACCCAAAGACGAUUGUUCAUCUUAGUCUGUAGAUUUUCACGCAUACACCUUUUUGUAUAGAUUUUGUGUACUAGAGGUCGUGUUUGAGCACCACAAAUUACAACAGUUGAAGGCAGGGUGCGCAUAUGAAUAUUAUAUUUGGCUAUCUACGCGUGUCUAAA